AUACAACUUGAAUGAGCAGUGUACAAUUUCUCUACAAUUUUCAUUCAUCUAUGUACUCUAUGAUCCUAGCAAGAAAAUGUAAGUCAAGUGCUCGAUAGGUUUUCGAACCCGGCCAGGAACUAUUCAUUAUUCAGCGAAGGUUGCCUUACUAGUAACAUCUUUAAUUAACCCGCAUGUCAUUUUCAAUGUGCCUAUUUAUAUAGUAUAAACAAAAUGGAUUAAAAUCUUGCAAGAAUUAAUUUUGAUUAUUUUAUGGAGCUUACGAGUGUCCGCCGUCAUGUGGAAGUGCCAUAAAUGUGGGAAACCAGUAUACUUCGCUGAACGUAAACAAUCAUUGGGGUAUGACUGGCAUCCUGAAUGUUUACGUUGUGAGGAAUGUGGGAAACGUUUAAAUCCAGGCCAACAUGCAGAGCACAAGGGUGUACCAUACUGUCAUGUACCUUGUUAUGGAGCCCUUUUUGGGCCACAGUUAUUUGGUCAUGGAACAAGAGUUGAAUCACAUACAAGUUUCGGAAAAAAAGAAGCUAGGCCUUCAUUACCCAGAUCACACUUAGAGUCAAAGCUAAAAGUGUUUAACCAAUAUUAUGAAGGCAAAAGCGGUGGAAUACGAAGUCGUGAGGUUAAUGGAAGAUUGAUACUGGAAGGAGCACUUCGGAUUUAUUGGGGUGUUAGGGGAGUAAUUCAUUUGAAGGAAGAUGAUGAUCAACGUACAGUAGUUACCGCUCGAAACCGGAAUUCGUGCAGACGUAGUGUUUCCGAUAGUAUAGAAGAUGAAGAAAAAGAGGAUAAUAUAGAGAAGGAUACAGUUGAGCAAGAUGUGGAAACUGAAGCAAAAUCUGUCCCAACUUCUCCCGAUCAUCUUAAGAGUCUCACUUUACCAAUGAAACUAGAUGUUAAGACCAUGGAAUGGGAUGAAUUGGAUGAGCUUCUUCAGGUUGAACGUAAAGUUGAAGAUGGAAAUAAGUUAUAUCAAACAAUGCCAGAAAAUCUGCCAUCGAUUAGUUCACAAAGUAGUACCGAGGCAUUACCGCUUUCCUCUCAAUCAAGUUUUGAUAAAUCUGAUUCCCGCGAAAAUUCAGAAGCGAGCAGCCCUAAUCAUCAGAGUAGUCGUGGCAAUGACAGCAGCGUAACUAGCACACCAACGCAUAGUCUAGGUAGUUCGUCCAGUACCGAUACACCUGUUUACCAUGGAACACCAAAUCGAAAUGGUACGCUUCGAAGGGUAGAAUAUUUCGAUAGUCUGGAGAAAAGUAUGUCUGGUAAUAGAUCAAUCAGUACCGAUGACAGUUGGAUAGAAAAGGGCUUAAAUAGAUCGAUGUCUGGACCUGACUGUCUUCAGAGACAUCGAACUGAUAGUGAUACAGAUUCCGUGAAUUCUCUUCAGUUUAGGGAGGAUGAUAACAUGACAAUGUCUACUGAUAGUGGCUUAGAGCUGGAUGGUGUAGUUUUACGACGAAAACAAGGAUCUACUGCUAUUCGACGUCGUCCUGGAGGUCGACGACAAUCUCGAAGCCGAUUGCGGCGUCGUUGUUCCAUUAAUGGACAUUUUUACAACCGAGAAACCAGUUUCUUCACGCCACCGCAUGGAUCGCAAAUGUCCGUGUGGAUUACGAGUUUAGUGAAUACUCAAGAAGUUAUCAAUCUCAUGUUAGAUAAAUAUAAAGUCGAUGCCAAACCUGACAACUUUGCUUUGUUCGUGGUUCGUGAUAAUGGCGAACAGAGAAGAUUACGAGAUGACGAAUAUCCUCUGGAAGUUCGUGUCGUGUUGGGUCCACAUGAAAACGUUGCACGGCUCUUUUUAGUAGAUAAACUAUCCACACCGGAAAUUAGCUCUGACGUUGCGCAGUUUCUUAAUCUUUCUUUGGCGGAGUGUCACGGUAUUUUGCAGCGUUAUCAUUAUGAGGAAGAGCGCCAGAUUCUUCUACUAAAGGAAAAGUAUAAAGAAAUGCGACGAAGAAUACGGCAAAGAAUGGAAGAGUUAAAGGUCCGACUAUAGUUAGUAUCCACUAUAUCAUUAUUUUUUUAUUAAUUUUCAUUGGAAAAUCCUUCCUUUUUUCUUUAUAUAUAUAAAUUAUUCAUCAAAAUGUAUUGUUGUAAUCGUCUUGAAGGUAUGUAUUGCAAUAACGAUACAUAAUCUUUAGUCUAUGAUAUAUCUAAACGUUCGAACGUACUAAAGAGAUUUAUUACCAUUUUUGUUGAUAUUUUUAAAACUUGUUGCUGAAGAACUAAUUCCUAUAAAUCUUUAUCUCUUCAGUUUUUAAUAGUUCUUAGUAUAUAAUAUUAUAAACCGAAUAACGUUUAUUAUAAUUAAGUUUGUAAUCUCUGAUUCGAUGAAUCACUUAACACGAACGUACUACCGUUAUAUUUUAAAGGAAUUAGUUUCUCGAAGCUAACGUGAAAUGCAGCAACUAUAAAAACGACUUUGUAGCAGAGAUCUCGUGCGAUUCGACCCCGAACCACUCAUUUUAUUGGAAAAGUGAUUUACGUUCGAGCGUGCAACGAGCGAUAACAUGCUAACACAUUAUAGCCUAAAGUCUAGUUGUUACAUUAUCCAGCUUUAUUCAUUAUUUUUUUCAUGUUUUUGUUGCAUUUAUUCGUAGUCAUUUGCGCGCAGCUACUAUCGAAUUACUUAGUGCAAUUUAACUAGAAAUUCGUCUAUCUAAACGAUAUAUUUUUUAAGUCGACUGUUUAUCGAGCAAAAGUCACGCGAUCAGCCAAGCCAUCGAUUAAACAUGAUGUCUUAUCAAAUUGUUAUCAUUGCAAGUAUAAUGCAUUACUAUAUUGCUAAUAUCACUAAAAAACCAGCGAAAUCGAAUUAAAUUUAUGGUUAGGAUGGACAUCAUUGACGUAAUUAGGUAGAGCCUAAAUUGAUCUUAAUCCCACCUUAAAAAUUAUUAGAACGAAUACCGAACCGGCUUCCUUAGAGGUUAUGGUGACAUAGGGAGAGGAGAUACAUUCAUUACAAUAUUUGGGAUUCGUUCAUUUAUGAUUUAAAAAUUAAAAAAUUAAAAAAUUUUGAAGUUUGAAAAUUUUUAAUAUGUAUCUAUUAGUUUUUAGGAAUGUUUGUGUUUCCUUUCUUUAUAUUGCCAUUUUUUAAAUAUCCUAGUUACGUCAAUGUUCUUGUAGCAAAUAAGUACCAUAUUAAGUCAAUUUCCAAUUAAUUUCUGAUCGAAACAGAACAGAAUUUUAAUAACAGAACUAAUACUUCCCGUUUAGAACGAAAUAUGAUUAGAAUCUAAACGCAAGGCUGUCCAACUUCGUACCUCGUGAGGAUUUUAAUAAUUUUCUUUCCACGUAGGUGCCAAAAAAAAAAAACGAAAGAAAAAAAGAUGUAUAUUGAAUGGAGAAUGAACA